AUGGCGCGCCAGCGAACCUCGUCCAAUGCCUCCACGAUCCCGUCGCUCCCAGACCGCACCCAGGAGCUCGGCAGUAUGUACGAUUAUUUGGCCAAGGUCAUAUUGCUAGGGCCUAGCGGUGCUGGAAAGUCCUGUUUAUUACAUCGUUUCGUGAAAAAUGAAUGGCGGGUUCUAUCGUCACAGACAAUCGGCGUCGAAUUCUCGUCUAAGAUAGUCAAAGUUGGUUCCGGGACGCGAUGGAAGAGGAUUAAGCUCCAGCUGUGGGAUACCGCUGGCACAGAGAGGUUCCGAUCAGUUUCACGUUCAUACUAUCGAGGUGCUGCUGGCGCCAUUCUUGUCUAUGAUGUCGCAUCGCACUCGUCCUUCAGUGCUCUUCCUACCUUCCUAAUGGAUGCUCGUGCGCUAGCCUCCCCUAAUCUAACAGUAUUGCUAGCUGGAAACAAGUGUGACCUGGCUUCGGACUCGGCAUCCAUCGAGGAAUACUGGGACGACCCCCUUCGACCUCCAGCAACUCCAUCAAGUACUUCGAGCAGACAGACGCCGUUUCCGUUAGAUUCUAGUGGAUCUCUUCGCUCAAUAGGUAGCCCCGGGGCGGGAACCAGAAUGACUGCAACCAUCUCUCCAGAAGGCCGUGACGUCUCGCUAGAAGAAGCUUCCAGAUGGGCUUCUAAAUCUAAUAUCCCCGUUGCUGUUGAAGUAUCCGCGUUAUCAGGCGAAAACGUGGACGAGCUUUUUAAUAGAUUGGCCCGAAUAAUCCUUACAAAAAUCGAACUGGGUGAAAUUGACCCUGACGACCCCCAGAGUGGCAUUCAAUAUGGGGAUGGUGGCAUAUAUGGGACUAGCGAUGGUGGAAGUAUUCGAAGUGGUAUCACGAUAGACGACUCUCUCGCACAGCCCCGGAAACGGAAACCCAGGAGAGGCGCCUGGUCAUCAGGGAUGAGAGAGUGGGAGGAUGUCUUCCGCUCGAAUCCUCCACGGAGAAACAGCAGAUGCUGCUAG